AUGCUUUGCGAACGGCCCCGCAGGAAUGGGUUCGUCAGGUUCUUGGAAGUGCUCAAACACGGUUCGAAUCCCGAAGAGGUGACCGCAGGUGUGGCCGAGGCACGCAUUCUUCUCUUCUGCACAAUUCAGCUCAUCGUUUAUGCUCGAGACGGCGGUUCCAGUUGCGCUUUCCGGCACUCAGACGACGAAGAGGCUUGCCUGACGGCCAGCACACAGGUUCAUGUCACCGUGCUCGACAUCAACGAUCAUGCACCCGAGUUCCUGGAGCCACGGCUCUUCGAGGUGUUCGAGAACGCCAGCCGGGGCACUUGGAUCGGCGAUCUGGUGGCUCGGGAUCAGGACGCUGGAGAGAACAGCCGAAUCACCUUUUAUCUGACGCCGAGGAGCAGUCAGACUCGGCGAUUCAGCCUCAGAUUAAACGGCAGCCUCUACAUUUCUGAACCGCUUGAUCGAGAAGAAGAGGUGAGAAUCCCUUCAAAGUUUUGA